AUGUGCGAGUCCUGCGUCGAUCGGAUUUUCUCUUCGGGUCCUGCGAAUUGUCCUGUGGCCGGGUGCCACAGGACCUUGCGCAAGCAGAAAUUCCGAACGCAGACGUUUGAGGAUAUCCAGGUAGAAAGGGAGGUCGAUAUAAGGAAAGAGGUUAUGCAGAUUCUCAACCGUCGCGAAGACGAGUUCGACUCCAAACGAGCGUGGGACGACUUUCUCGAACAGCGCGAGGAGAUUAUCGCGAACCUGGUUAAUGGCACCGACGUGGAAAAGACAAGAAAAGCUCUGGAGCAAUAUCGCACGGAUAAUCGCGAAUCCAUCAAAGCGAACCAAAAUCUCGCCCAGAUCGAAGCAAACUCUUUCCAGGAACAACAAUCCCACGAGCAAGAACUGGCACGUAUGCGACGACAGGCAGCAAGGCAAGAGUACGAAAACGAACGACGAGAGCUGCUGGAAGGGCGAGAAGACGUUCUUUCUCGUCUGGCGGCCGGCCAGCGGGGAGAUGCCGCGGCUAUCGCGCGAGAGGGUCGGAAGGUGUUGCUCAAGAAAUCCUCUGCCCGGCGCAGCGAGGAGGAGCGUAUCCGACAGAAACAGGCUGCUCUGCGCGGCACCGAUCUCAAGAAAUCCGGUAAGGACCAAGUGGCUGCCAAUGCCGCGGACGCGAAAGGCCCUGGACUUAUCAAAGGCCUCAAGAAAAUCAAAACCCCGGAGCCCGAAAAGCCCUACGAUCCGUUUGGUGGGCUGGUCCCCAACAAGCGAGACUACUACACUUUACAAGAUCAUUAUCCAUCCAGUUACCUGGACCCCAUCAGACAGGACACUCGUAUGCAGGCCGGUGGAUACGAUCUACGGGAAUACUAUUCCCGUACUCUGCUAGAAGCAUUUGCGGGACUUGGAUGUUUCAUCGAUGAAGAGUUACCAAAACGUGAUGGCACACUGGAGGCCCCCAAGUCUUCCGCUACCGAAGGAGCUGCAGUGGCUGCAUCCUCAGACGCUCCUGUGAAGACCGAGUAG